UAUUGACUAUGAACACCUUGUUGAUAUAAAAAAAUGACUCUGGCAAUCUCUCUUAUACCUCUAUCACCAGCAAAAUCCGAAAAAUCCAAGUUGAUAAAAUUUGAUCUUCAACUACUAAACACUAGCUCUAACUCUGCACAAGAUGAUUCGAAGUCACAAUUUGUAAUUGGUCGUAACCGUACUUGCGAAAUUAAAGAUUCAAGAAUAAGUCGUCAACAUGCAAGAAUCUUCACUGAAACGAACUUGUCUACAGUUAAAUCUGAAGUGUUUUUCUCGACUUUGGGAAAGCUUCCUUGUUUGGUUAAUGACUGUCAAGUGAAAGCGAAUGAAAAGGUGAGGUUAAAUAAUGGAGAUAAUAUAAGUUUGUUACCCUCGGAAUUUAAGUAUCAAGUUGAAAUCCGGACUGAAAUUGAUGAUCCUCUGUUAACUUCGAAAAUGGUACCAUCUAUCCACGAGAAAUCAGAGUCUUCAAUAAAUGAAGUACAGCAAGGUAAAGAGACUAGUUCAUUAACGUCAACGAGUUCUGUUGACCUGAAAAAAGAGUCAAAUGAAACUGGGUCAAACGAGGUCAAACUACCGAAGGCUUCUAACGAAUCAAACAAAGAUGCAAAAACAUCGAGCGAUCAAAUAACUCGAGAAAGUUCUUCGCAUGGAUUAGAAAAAAGUUUCAAGAAGAGAGCUUGCACUUCGCUUAUGGAUUACUUCAGCACGUCGCCUGAAAAGUCUAAACAGGAUGCGAAAAGGGUCAAAGUUUCAGAGGAGACUGGAUUGGAAGUUACUAAAACAGCAGAUCCUAAUCACACGUCCACAUUCGUCCUCACUGGAACAUGGCAAUCUAUGGGCACCAGAUACAACUCCGGUUUCUGUUACAAACCAACAAACAUUCCAAAACUGCCUCAGAACCCCAAAAUAGCCGCUUUUGAUCUGGACGGAACUCUAAUUACUACCAAGAGUGGCAAGAAAUUUGCGAUCAACGACGAUGAUUGGAAGUUGCUAUAUGGACCGAAAAUCCAGAACAAGUUAUUGGAAUUGGUGAAUGACGGGUUUAUACUUGCAAUUUUUACUAACCAGAAUGGGAUAAAAGUGGGAAAGGGAACAGAAGAAGGGUUCAAGAAGAAAUGUGGGCAGAUUUUGAAUAGUUUGAAAAUUGAUGCUUUUGUGUUUGUUUCCAUCCUGAAAGAUAUCUACAGAAAACCACGUCUUGGAUGUUGGGACUUACUGUUCAGUAUGCUUAAUGAACACAUUCAAUCUCAAAGGAAAACUUCAGUUUCGACACUUGAAUUGUGUGACUACAAAACUUUCCUUCUUUGUUGGAGAUGCAGCGGGUCGUCCGGCCAACCCCAUGACAGGAAAAGCGAAGGACUUCAAGUGUACUGACAGAUUAUUUGCCAUAAAUGCCGGACUCACUUUCUACACACCCGAAGAGUUCUUUCUAUCUGCUAAACGAGACGACCA